CGACAGCCUUCACCCUUCCAUGGGCGUUCCUCUCUUGCCUACCUCACCCGCGAAGCGGAACAAAACCGAGACCGGCGCCGCCUCGACCUGCGCCAUCGGCGACGCCAAGACGUGGCACGUGGCCAUGUCUGUCAAGGCGCAAAGAACUGCGAAUCCGAUCCGCGCCAUCAUGGAGAAGAUCACCUCGCAGAAGCGCGAGCCGAUCGAGGGAAAGCCGAUGAUCCCACUCUCGCUCGGUGAUCCCACCGCAUUUGGCAACCUCCAGGCGCCGGAGGUGCUCAGUGAGACGAUGGUCUCGCUCGUCCGCGGGGCGAAGCACAACGGAUACGGCAACUCCGCGGGCGCCGAGGACGCGCGCGCAGCCGUCGCCAAGCGCUUCUCGACGCCGCACUGCAUCUACAAGGCCUCGGACAUCAUCGUCGCGAGCGGCUGCUCGGGAGCGCUCGAGAUUGCGAUCAACGGCAUCGUGGACGAGGGCGACAACCUGCUGGUGCCGAAGCCGGGCUUCCCGCUCUACCAAGUCCUCGCCGAGUCGCAGGGUGCCAGCGUCAAGGAGUACGACCUGCUGCCGAGCCAGGGGUGGCAGGCGGACCUCGCGCAGCUCGAGAGCCUUGUCGACGCGCGCACCAAGGCCCUGAUCGUCAACAACCCGUCCAACCCGUGCGGCUCCGUCUUCCCCAAGGAGCACCUGCUCGGCUUCAUCGACAUUGCCGCGCGCCACAAGCUGCCCAUCAUCGCCGACGAGAUUUACGGCGAGAUGGCCUUCGAGGGGGUCGCCUUCCACCCGCUGGCCGAGCUCGCGCCCCAUGUGCCCGUCAUCACCGUCGGCGGCCUCGCCAAGCAGUUCCUCGUGCCCGGCUGGCGCGUCGGCUGGCUCAUGCUCCACGACCCUGUCCACGCGCUCGACGACCUCCGCGAGGGCUUCAAUCGCCUCACGCAGCUCAUCGUGGGCGCGAGCACCCUCGUGCAGGGGGCCGUGCCGCGCGUGCUCUGCCCGGAGGCCGGCAGCGCGGACGCCGCGUCGCUCGCUGCGUCGGACCAGCACUACAUGACCACGCUACAGGACAACGCCCGCUUCACCUACGAGCGGCUCAAGGGCGUCGUCGGCCUCACGCCGGUCGAGCCGCAGGGUGCGAUGUAUGUUAUGGUCCACUAUGACCCCGCCGUGCUACCCGGCAUCCGGACGGACGCCGAGUUUGUCGAGAGGCUGCUCGCCGAGGAGGCGGUCUUCGUGCUGCCGGGCGCGUGCUUUGGCGCGCCCCACUUCUUCCGCAUCGUCUUCAGUGGACCGCGCGAGAAGCUGGCCGACGCCUUCGAUCGCAUGGAGGCCUUCUGCAUGCGCCACAGAGAGGAAGGAGUCUGACACGCAGCGCGGGUGUGGGGAGUUGCGGAGUUCACAUCGCAUGCGCAUCAACGAUGGCGGAUGGCGCGGAAUUUUCGCGCGAGAAUCCUCAAUUCUUCAUGUUUAUAGAUU